AUGCAGAGUUCAAAACGCGAUGUCUAUCUUGGGGCCUACCUGAAUGGCGAACACUGGCAGAUGGUGGCCAUUGUGCCCAAGGAACACCGAGUUGUUUGGUUUAGUUCAUUGCAUAUUAGGCUAGACAGCUACCUUAAGGAAAUAAUUAACAGUGCUUUAAAAGGUCUUGAUGAUGCUCCACAGCCUAAAUCAAAGGUUCCUGCUAGGUGGAUUAUCGUCAAGUGUAAUAGACAAAAAGGAAGUACUGAGUGCGGCUAUUGUGUCAUGCAAUGGAUGUCCACCAUUAUUUUAGGAAGUUUCAGGAAUAACUGGGAAGCGUAUUUUAACGAUGCUAGACCAUUGGAGCCAGAGAGAUUAAAGGCGUUGCGGAUCCAAUGGGUACAGUAUUAUCUUCGAGUUAAAGAUCAGAGCUAG